CAACCGACCGGGGGCGGACGCCCACGGCCACCAGCACGGCCGCACCCCUCCGCAGCUCCGAAUCCGCGUGCGAGUGCCGGAGCGCGAGUAUCCCCGAACUCGCCGGCCACCGCCGCCGCUCCCGGCUCCUCCCCGUCAACGACAGGACCCCCAGCCUCCCCGGCGCACUGCGCCGUCCCCGUGGAAGCGCGCGUGGGGUCGUCCCUCCUUCACGCGCGCGCCCCGUCGGCCAGCGGCUAGCUAAGCCCCCCGUCGCCACGCCGGCGUUGUGCGCCCGACCGCAGGGGGGCAGUUGUUUGGCGCGUGCGUGCGCCCCCCGUCGUUGUCACGCGGAUGUCGCGGCGCGUGGCUAGCUGAGGCGACCAAGAGGGCGGGCGGGAGAAGCCUGGAUCCGGAGUGGUGGGCGAGGUGGCGGUGUCCAUAGAGAUGGGAUCCAUGGACUCCUCCCAGCAUGAUUCAACCUCUGCGCCAGGAAGUUUGGAGGGUGUUGAUGGAAGCAGAAGCAGCAUCAACAAGUGGACAAAAAUGACCAGCACAGACUCAUGGAGAUGGUGCCUUGGGUUGAUUUACAUUGUUGCUGUUGCGAGUAUAUGGAUUGCCGCUAGCUACGUUGUGCAGUCUGUUGUUGAUGGUGGUGUUUCCCCGUUCUUGAUCACCUACAUAUGCAAUUCUCUGUUUGUUGUCUACAUUCCCAUAAUCGAGGUUGCCCGGUACUUUGAGGGUUCUGUCAGCAACUUUUGGACUAAGUUGAAAUGCAAGGAUGCUGAAAGCCUGCAGCAGUCUGCUGAUCUGGAGAGUGUGAAUCUUCUCCAAAGUGGUGGACAUGAGAUCAAUGCUGCCUUGGAUCAAUCGCCAACAAGGUCGCCUGAAGGCACUUUGACUCCAGAUGCAAGGUUCCCUGCCCAGACAGAGCUUAACGUUGCAGAUUGCAGCAAAGGAUUGGAUGCAAAAGGGCGCUGGACACGUGCUCGUGUAGCCAAAGUCAGCAUGAUAGUCUGCCCUUUUUGGUUCCUUGCCCAGCUAACGUUCAACCUGUCCCUAAGAUACACCACUGUUACGUCAAACACGAUCCUGAGCAGCACGUCAAGCCUCUUCACUUUCUUGGUUGCAUUAGUAUUUCUUGGAGAAACAUUCACAUGGCUGAAGCUAGUCAGUGUGCUUCUCUGCAUGGGAGGAACAAUAAUUGUUAGCCUGGCAGAUUCAAGUAGCUCAGUUAAUGCUAUUGCCACAAAUCCUCUUCUCGGAGAUUUCCUUUCUAUUGUUUCUGCUGGUUGUUAUGCAAUAUAUAUCACCUUGAUACGGAAAAAGUUGCCUGAUGAAAAGGAAGGUGAAGGCCAAGUGAGUAUGGCUCAGUUCCUGGGAUUCCUUGGACUGUUUAAUCUGUUGUUUUUUCUUCCUGUUGCAUUGGUGUUGAAUUUUGCCAAGCUGGAGCCAUUCCACAGGCUGACAUGGGAGCAAGUUGGUCUUAUUGUUGGAAAAGGCUUGUUAGACAAUGUUUUGAGCGACUACCUGUGGGCGAAAGCGGUCCUUCUCACAACAACUACAGUCGCUACAGCUGGCCUCACAAUUCAAGUCCCAAUUGCUGCAGUUGUCGACACGCUCACUGGUCAUGCUCCGCAUCUGCUGAACUACGUCGGAGCUGCUGCUGUACUGGUUGGUUUUGCUGGGAUCAACAUCCCAGUUGGAGAGUCUCCACAGGCUGCUCAGCAAGAGCAGGAAACUCCAAUUGCUAGCAUGGUUGAUGACCCGCUUCAUUUGCCCACCAGUAGGAAUGCUACUGAUGCUAUCUCAUAGUAGCUUCCUGGCUGGUUUAUUCAUAGUUCUUAGGAUGCUGUAAUUAUCAAGCAAUGCCUAUAAUUUCCCCCCUUUGAGCCGUGACACCAGAACAGAAGAGUAGCCUACCUAGUUUGUUCGGAUUGAACCUUGAGCGAAAAGUGUUUUGCGCUUUGUAUUUAUCUGUAAUUCUUUACAUCUGUCGAAUUGGGUCUCACACGGGGACAUAAAACCCCUCUGUAAGAUCUGCUGCACAUGGUGAAGUGAUGUUAUUUGUUACGGCAAUGUCAACUGAAAAAUAAACUAUUUUGUUCUCUA